AUGGGCUCAACCACCGAACAACUGUUCCACAUCCUUUUGACGACAAGUCAUCUUCAAAAGAACCCUAACAACGUUGUCGAAAAGGUCCGAAUCCCAGCGACCUACACAAAUCUCCAAGCCGCCAAAGCUGCUGCAUACCGCUGUCUGUUUGACGCGGGCUACGAAAAGGAGUGGUUCACCACGUAUGAAACCAAGCCCGAAAUAUUUGAGAAUAAAGAUCUUCCCGAGCGAUCUGGAUUAGCCGUUUUUGCUGUUGCACCAGAUGGAACAGAAUUCCGGGUUCAUAUCAUCACAACCCCGAAGGACGAAGAGCUCGUCGACGAAGUCAUUGAGGGCCACAUCACCAAGCCAUUGUACUACGUGGUACAAGCUAAUGUCGAGUACAGCGCGGAUGAGGGCAGCAGGGUGCGCGAUAUCGACAUCGAGGGGGUGUUCCUGACUUAUCAGGAGGCAAGAGACCUCGCCAGCCGGGUGUUGCUGUCCAAGGAAGAUGCAACCACGAAGGAGAGCUUUGCUGAAUACACUGAAGCAGCACCUAAGGAGAAGGACUGUGGAUACGGAGAGAAUGUGAUUGUCCGCGCUGUGUCGGAAUAUGGGACCAACUAUUUGAUUUCCGUCAUCAAGAAUCAGGAACUGGAGCCCGUACAUCUGGCGGAGGCGGCCAUGAAGAUAUUGUGA